AUGAGUCUGGAAAGCGCCCGCCAGUUGAAGAUGAAAGAGGGCGCCGAUGGUGUUGCUGGAGAGGUGGAGGUAUCAGGCAGAACUGAUACGGUAGAGAUUGAGAUGACAAAGAUGCACCAAAUUGACAAUCGCAAAGAGCUUGAAGCCAAGUUUGUUCGAAAACUUGAUCUCAGAUUAUUACCGCUGAUGAUGUUGAUUUUUACUAAUGAAUUCUGUGAUGGAGAUGUCCUCAACUACCUUGAUCGGAAUAAUAUCGCAACUGCGCGUCUAGGAAGCCUGGAGGAGGACUUGGGACUUUAUGGAAACCAAUAUAACACCGUUAUCAGUCAGUUCCCACUCCUCGUUGAGAAUUCACGUAUAUUAAUCCAGCUUAGGUCUGUUCUUUGUCGGAUAUAUUCUGACUCAAGUUCCGACCAAUAUGAUUUUGAACAAGAUGCGGCCAUCAUUAUUCCUGCCAGCAGUUAUGUGCGGAUGGGCAGUAGCUUUGUGGAGGCCCCGUUUUUUCCUGGUGCAUUAUUUCUAUUCUCUUCGUGGUACACUAAAAAGGAACUAGCUGCCCGAAUCUCUAUUCUUUAUGUCGCCGCGCAGAUAUCAGGUGCUUUUGGCGGCCUUCUUGGCAGUGCUAUCAUGUCUGGGAUGGAUGGAAAAGCUGAAUUAUCGGCAUGGAGAUGGCUUUUCAUUAUUGAAGGAUGUGCAACAAUCCCAGUGGCCUUGUGCGCCAUGUUCUUUUUGCCAGACUACCCAGAGACUACAAAGUGGCUAACUGAGGAAGAGCGUACACUGGCCAUUGCACGCCUAGCGGAGGAAGCAAACGAAAGUGAUCAUGAAGAGACAAACAGCAAAUUUGAGGGCUUGAAACUUGCAUUUGCAGACCCUGUCCUCUAUAUCAUCUGGGUGAUGCAGCUAGGCCUGAACACAGCCGCCUGCUUUACGAACUUUUUCCCCACGAUUGUGGAAACAUUGGGAUAUGGCACAACCGAGACGCUCUUACUGUCUGCGCCGCCAUACAUCUUUGCAGCUAUUUAUGGCCUCAAGUAUUUAGCAGCGUUGGCUUUAUCAUCAGCGCCGUGA